UCGUCAUUGGUUUUCGAGUGCCUCGGUUGCCAUGUUUGAUGUCGUGAGCAUGUUGGGGCUACGCGUUCCUCGUUUCACGUUGCGUUGUGCCUAGAACCUCCUGGCUCAUAGCAGGCAUGGCGCUCACUUCUACUUGCCGCACAACUGUAUUCUCAUUACAUAUUAUUACAUGUGUGUUGUUAUUGUGUAGUGCAUCAGCACAUGUCAGCGUGGCAAACGGAGAACUGACAUACCAGGUUGUUGAUAAGUCUCUCAUCCAGACAACCGUUGCGGUCGAUUGGGCAGGUGGUGCAGAUAACGCGAUCCAGCCCAGAGUGAGCCAGAUCAGCACAGCCUUCAGUUCGAUCACUUACCAAUAUGCGAGGAAAGACGUCCCAGCAGGCUCAGCUAUCAAUUCAAAAGGCCCUGAUGUGCGUGGCAGCGCAGCCGUCAUCGUCGUUUUCUUAGCGGUCCCCUUCAUCAUUGGAUCAUUUCUUCAUUGGUCAAGACGUGAUGUGGGGCAGGCGUUGUCUUUGAUCGGAGUCCCAGCUGAUUAUUUUCAGGCAGGCGAACUAAAUCCAACCACAAUGUUCAGCCGGCAAGCUCCAUCGGAUCCAGAAGAGCCCAAAGGGGGCACUUUGCUCACCAAUGUACUCUGUGGUGUAGUUGCGGGCCUUGGUUGCCUUCCCGAGGCUAUUUCGUUUUCUUUCAUUGUGGGCAUCAAUCCUCUCAAUGGAAUUUGGGCUGGGAUCUUCUUGAGCUUGUCUUCGUCAUUGGUGGGUGGGCGCCCAGGGCUUGUCUCUUGUGCGUCCGCAGCUACUUCGGUACUUCUCGUUGACAUCAACAGAGAGUUGGGGAUGGGCGCCAUGUCCCUGGCUGUUCUGAUUUGCUCCGCUCUGCAGCUUCUUUUCGGGUUAGCAAAGCUCGACAGGCUGGUCAUACUCAUCCCCCAUCCUGUAAUGAUCGGCUUUUGCAAUGGCCUCGCUAUCGUAAUAUUUCUGGCGCAGCUGGGCCAUUUCAAUCUCCAGAAGCUUGCAGGAAGUGGUGCAGAUGUUGGCAGAGUUUUGACCGGAAUGGUUCUUACUGUUCUCGUAUCGAUGUUCACCGCGGUUACUUGGCCACGCCUGCCCAAAGUUGGGCAAUAUCUCCCAGCACCCUUUGCUGCCAUCAUCGUCGCAGUUGGCUUCAGCUAUGCCAGUGGCGGAAUAUUUCCUCAGCGCACCCUUGAAGAUGUAUCAGGAAAGGAGACGUUUCAGGGGGGUCUUGCAUCAAUUCCUCCUAUGAAUUUCCCUCCAGCAGGCGUUGAUUGGACUGAUGCCAGGCUUUGGUCGACAGCCUUUGCGGUGGGUGCACGGAUGGCGUUCGUUGGUCUCACAGAGAGUUUGCUGACGGUCAAACUCCUUGAUCGAGUCAUGGGCCCGCCAGAAGGCAGCACAAGGAUGGAGUGUUUUGGCCAAGCGCUCGGUAAUCUUUUGGCAGGCCUAUUUGGUACGCAGGGUGGUUGCGCCCUCAUUGGCCAGUCUCUCAUCAAUGUUGGCAGUGGCGGCCAUCGCCGCAUAUCGAGCAUUGUCAGCGGCAUCACGCUGCUGUUCGGCGUAACAGUACUGGCACCUGCUCUUGGCAAAAUUCCAGUUGCAGCACUGGUUGGGCUCAUGUUUUUGGUCUCGCUGAAUACUUUUGUUUGGGCUUCGCUUAGCACUACAUGGGAUUCAUUGCGACAGAAAGAGAUCGUCGGAUGGGUUGAUGUUCUUGUGGUGGCCUUGGUGACGAUCGUAACUGUCAUCGCGAAUCUUGCCACGGCAGUGCUUUUAGGUUUGUUUGUCAGCGGCAUGGCAUUUGCUUGGAACAUCGCACACGAAGUGAAUAUUCAUAUUGAGCAGUCAAAAGUAGACAAGGAUACUAGUAUCGUCAGACUUGAAGGCCCCUUGUUCUUCGCAUCCGCAAUGAAUUUUCAAGGAAAGGUUCGAGUUGAUGCUAUCCCACAUAAGAAGGUCGUCAUUGAUCUGACAACUGGGAGGGUCUUGGACCACUCUGGCUUGGACACCAUACUCACAACGGAAGCUGUCUUGAAAGCGGCUGGCAAGGACGUCACGUACAUUGGCCUUUGCGAUUCCGCCAGUCGAUAUAUGGCAGCAAUGCGGGAUGACACGCUUGAGAACAGCACUGGCGAUGCGCUCAAAGGAACAGACGGAGAUGUCAAGAACGAAGCGUCGAAGUGCAUCAAGGUAUCAACGAACCUUUGAGUGGUCACGCUGCAAGCCAGCAGGCGACUGGAGAGCACUGGGGAGCCUGACCAUGCGGGAGCGAGCCGAUGUCCGGCGCACACAGCAGCCUGGCUCCCUGAUGUCUACCAAUUUUAAGCUCUCUGGCAUGCUUGCCAGGGUGGAUUCCGAACAGUUGGUCACGUCCACUGGACCUCCAGGCGUGCCAGGCCUCAAGGGGGAGUGGCGCGUGCCGUCUGCCUGCGGUUUUCCCAGGCGCUUUUGCUCACGUGCAGGAGCGGUUCGCUCCUUCACAGUUUUCUUCUCCUACAUGAGCUGCGGCGAUCCUGCAGAGCGUGUAUCGGUACGCCAUUCGCGCCUUGGCGUGUCGGGCUUCCGCCGAGUUGACUUUCAGGUAACGUCAGCGUUCUGCGAGUUCAUGAAAUUAUGCCCAUCUGGAUUCGGGAACUGGUCGCUCUUUUUCCUCCCUCCUCCCCCGCAUCCCUCCUGUCCAUGCGGUCCCUGCCCUCACCUCUGAUCGUCCAGCUUCGGGGACUCUUCAGCGGGUCACAGGGUGUGCCCCUCGAGUACGGGCGUGUCGAG